AUGAAUUCAACUACGGAGAGUAGUAGUAGUAGUAGUAGUAGCUCUUCUUCUGAAAGUAGCAGCGAUAAAAGUAGCAGCAGUAGUUCUAGCUGCUCAUCAGGAUGUCAGUUCUUAUACGAGAUUGGGGAAAAACUUGACAAAUAUGUUAUCACAAAGUAUUUAAGUUCAGGGACAUUCGGAAUGGUGUUAGAAGUCAUAGAUGAGUUAGGAAUUCCAUAUGCUGUUAAAAUCUUGAGCCAAACUGAUCACACAGAAGUGGAAGUUCUAAAAUAAAUCUAGUAGUUUGAUCCAUUUGGUGAGGCUGGUAUCGUUAGAUUCUAUGAUUACUUCGCUUGGUAGGACUAUCAUUGUAUCUUACUUGAAAGGCUUGGCCUUAAUCUCCAUGAAUAUCUCCAAUAAAAUUCUCUCAACAUUACAGAACUCCAAUCAAUAUUUCAACAGAUCACUACUUCGCUCUUGUUUAUGCAUUCUCUUGGCAUUACACACACUGAUCUAAAACCAGAAAACAUCGUUUUUUCUCACCAACAAAAACAUCUUGUGAAAUUAAUUGACAUGGGAGGUGCCACCUAAGCCAAUGAACAUCAUAGCACUGUCAUCAAUACUAGAUAAUACAGAGCACCUGAAGUAAUCUUGAGAUGCGAUGCCUGGGAUACCUCAAGUGACAUUUGGAGUCUAGCAUGCCUUAUUGUUGAAUUAUAUACGGGAUCCGUAUUUAUUAAAGUAGGAAACAAUGAUUUAAUGCACUUGGCAAUAAUCCAAUCCAUUUUUGGUCCAAUUCCAAGAUGGAUGAAAGAGAGAUCCAAAAUUAAAACCAAACUAAAUUCUCUCCCUUACCCAAAGCCAUAAUUAUAAUUAGGUUAGUUAAUAAAAGAUCACGAUCUCCUUGAUUUACUCACAAAGAUGUUCUGCAUUGAUCAUAAUCAAAGAAUAGAUUGUCAUCAAAUUUUACUACAUAAUUUCUUCUAGAAGAAAUUUAUAUGA